AUGGAAUCCCACGAUGAAGAUCAUGCCACCAAAGUGAUUCAAGCUCAAACCCACAUAUUGAAUCACAUUUUUAGCUUCAUAAACUCCAUGUCCCUUAAAUGUGUAGUUGACUUAGGCAUACCAGAUAUCAUACACAACUAUGGCCAACCCAUGUCACUCUCAAACCUUAUUGCUUCACUACCAAUCCAUCCAUCCAAAACCCAAUCCAUCUAUCGUUUGAUGCGAAUCUUGAUCCAUUCUGGCUUCUUCUCUCAAAAAAAUGUCACUGAGAAUGAGCUAGAAGUAGAGUAUGUGUUAACUGAUGCAUCUAUGCUAUUGCUCAAGAACCAUCCAAUGAGUGUGACUCCUAUGUUGCAUGCCAUGCUUGAUCCCAUUUUGACAAAGCCAUGGAAUCAAUUUUCAACUUGGUUCAAAAAUGGUGAUCCUACACCGUUUGAAACAACACACGGGAUUUUGUUUUGGGAUUAUGCUAACCGUGAACCCAAAUUUAAUCACUUGUUCAAUAAUGCCAUGACAUGUGAUGCUCGAUUGGUGACUAGUAUGGUGAUUGAGAAGUGCAAAUGGGUGUUCGCGGGAUUGGAGUCAUUGGUUGAUGUUGGGGGAGGCACAGGAACUAUGGCAAAGGCCAUUGCCAAAUCAUUCCCACAGUUAGAAUGCAUUGUAUUUGAUCUCCCACAUGUUGUUGCUGGCUUGCAAGAAACUGAGAACUUAAGAUAUGUUGGAGGAGACAUGUUCAAGGAAAUUCCUCCAACUGACGCCAUUUUGUUGAAGUGGAUAUUACAUGAUUGGAACGAUGAUGAAUGCAUGAACAUACUAAAGAAGUGUAAGGAGGCAAUCACUAGGAAAGGCAAAGGAGGGAAGGUGAUUAUCAUAGACAUAGUGAUGGAUACUGAGAAGAGUGAUAAUGAAUCAGUGGAAACACAACUCAUGUUGGAUAUGCUGAUGAUGGUUUUGGUCACUGGAAAAGAGAGAAAUAAGAAAGAAUGGGUCAAGUUGAUUACUUCAGCUGGUUUCAGUGACUAUAAGAUAACUCCUGUUUUGGGCUUAAGGUCCCUCAUUGAGAUCUAUCCUUAA